AUGGCGGGAAAAACUAUAAUCCUAUGCCAACAUGGUUAUGGUCAGAAGACAGCUUGUGAGAUACAGAAAACGGAUAAUGCUGAAAUGCUUAUCAUCCCUGUAAAAGAAGGAAGAGACCAUUUAACGGCUAAAGUAAGAUAUGCCCUGAUGUAUGCAUAUGAAAAACACAGGCACGAAUUUGAUUGGUUUCUGAAAUGUGACGAUGACACAUACGUCAUAAUGGAGAACCUACGUCAUAUGUUGGCUAGUAAAGACCAUAACAAUCCGAGUUAUAUGGGAUUUCACAUGAAGCUGCAUGUCAAGAAUGGCUACAUGAGUGGUGGUGGCGGAUACGUCAUCAGUUCUCGUGCCCUUCAUGACGUAGUACGCAUAGGUUUUAAAAAUGGCUCCUGCUUGUUCGAUGGCGGCAGUGAAGAUGUGGAAAUGGGAAAAUGUCUUCAGGCUUCCGGUGUCCAAGUAUUAUCAACCCUUGAUGUGUCUGGAGAAGAGACAUUUCACGCAUCCAAAAUGUACGAUCACCUUACGGCAAAUCCAAAAACCUUCUGGCUGAAAGACUACGCAUGGAACAAUAAUUCAAUGGGUCGGAUGUGCUGCAGUCGUUACUCGGUCACUUACCACUAUGUUCGUCCAGAUGAGAUGUACAUUUUCCACCAGCUGCUGUACCACACAGAGGUGUUGGGAAUCUUGCGUCCACUUUUCAUGAGGAGAGAUAUUGCUUUUGCCCUGUCCGUCAGUCAGUCAGACCAUUAG